UGGUUUCCUGCCUUUCAUUUGGAAGAAUCAGCCACAUCUCUUCAUAUGACUACAACUAAUGAUUGCGGCUUUGGGUUUGGAAGACUAAAGAUAUCUGGGAGAAAUAAUGGGAUCCCACUACAUUUCUUCAUACCAACUUUGUCAAACCCUUCCUCUCUUAACCAAAGACCUCCUUACCCAUUUUCUCCAGCCAACCAUUCAGUGACGGUGCGCAGACCUUUUCCUCUGUCCCAUGGAACAACAACCUUGGGUUUCAUCUUCCAAGGUGGGGUCAUUGCAGCUGCAGACACACGUGCUAGUGCUGGUGGUCUUGUUGCUUGUCCAGCUGUUCAUAAGAUUACCCCUAUUCACUCCCAUUUAGUGGUCACCUCCUCUGGUAGCGGUGCUGACUGCAUGCUGUGGGAGAGAAUCCUGGCCCGAGAGAUCAGACUCUACGAACUGCGGCACAGACGUCGCCUUUCAAUACGUGGCACUGCCAAGCUCCUCUCCUUCAUGCUGCACCCUUUUAAAGGGACUGAAGUGUGUGUGGCUCUUACACUUUGUGGCUGGGAUAAGGAAGCAGGUAACACUGACUGGGCAAAGACAUCAGCAGACUCGUCCUUUAUAACUGAUGAGAGCUCCUCAGCUGUUGUUAGUAGCCAAGGUGUUACUGCAUCCCCCAACACUGGCCCAAAGCUGAUAUAUGUAUGCAGCGAUGGUGCCCGGCUGCAGGGCGACAUCUUUUCUGUAGGCUCAGGCUCGCCUUAUGCUUAUGGAGUCCUGGAUAGAGAGCUUAGGUGGAGCCUGAGUAAAGAAGAGGCCAUCACUUUGGCAAGAGAAGCAGUGUUCAGAGCCACUCACAGGGACGCCUACUCAGGAAACAACGUGGACCUCUUCCACAUCACAGCCCAGGGAUGGAGCCAGAGACAGAGAGAGGACCUAAAAGAGGAAUAUUACAGAGACAUGGAGCGGAGGGCCAAGAAAGUAGAGGAAAGAAAACUGACUGAAUUAAAUACAUCAAGAUGAAGCAAAAUGCUGGGUUUUAGGGGGGGUAAAGGUUAGAAAUAGUGUAAAGUCAGAUACGUUUGGCCAUCUCCAUCAGGGUUUAUCCACUUUUGUCAGCUAGCUACAAUAAAUCUUUAAUUCAUUAUUCGUUGGUUAAACAUUAUUAUAUCAAUAGUUUAAUUGUUGUAGCCUAUAAAGCUUGUUUUAAUUGGCCUUGGUCACAG